AUGCAGACUCUCAGCGCCGCGUGCCCCUCCGUGCGACAGGCUCACUUGAAGCCGUCAUUACGAACGGCUAAUUUUUCGUCGGUCAAACAGUCACCAGUGGUGCGGCUAGACGUCAAGCCACGAUUGGUGGCUGUCCGUGCGCAAGCGGCUGGCGGUGAAUCCAAUGGAGGGAAGAAGCAGGUUGAGGUGUCGUACAGCCCGCAGCGGCGCAUGGAGGAGUACGCGCAGGAGGCGGACCCCACGCGCGAGAAGCGCGGACCCGGCGCGCUCACGCUCUUCUCGCCCUCCAAGGUGAACGUGUUUCUGCGCAUCACACGCAAGCGCCCUGACGGCUAUCACGAGCUGGCCUCGCUCUUCCAUGCGAUCAGUCUGGGGGACACGCUCAAGUUCUCCUUCUCGCCCUCCAACACUCGUGACGCCCUCACCACCAACGCACCAGGCGUGCCACUCGACUCCUCCAACCUUGUCAUCAAGGCGUUGGACCUCUUCCGUCGCAAAACAGGAAUCCAAAAGUACUUCUGGGUGCAUCUGGACAAGAAGGUGCCCACCGGAGCAGGGCUGGGCGGCGGCAGCGGAAACGCAGCGACGGCGCUGUGGGCGGCGAACAGGAUGUGCGGCAACGUGGCGAGCGAGGCUGAUCUGCUGGAGUGGUCGGCGGACAUCGGGUCCGACAUCUCCUUCUUCUUCUCCCAGGGCGCCGCUUACUGCACCGGCCGCGGGGAGAUAGUGGAGGACGUGACGCCCAUUCUGCCUCUCGACCUGCCCCUGGUGCUCAUGAAGCCGCCUGAAGCCUGCUCCACUGCUGACGUCUACAGGAAGUUUCGUCUGGACCGGGCGAGCAAGGAGGACCCGGGAGUGCUGCUGGAGCGAGUGCGGCAGGAGGGCAUCACCCAGGCCACAUGUAUCAACGACCUCGAGCCACCGGCGUUUGAGGUGCUGCCGUCGCUCAAGUCGUUCAAGACGAGAGUGGCAGCUGCUGGUCGAGGCCGCUACUCCGCGGUCUUCAUGUCCGGCAGUGGGAGCACGAUAGUGGGAGUGGGGCACCCAGACCCGCCCGAGUUCAUCUAUGACGAUGAUGCCUACGCCAAUGUCUUCGUUUCAGAGGCACGUUUUAUCCUGAGGCAACCUGGCGACUGGUACCACCCAUACCCUGCAGGGGAGGGCAGUGCAGGAGCCACCUUGGAUCGGCCCGAUGCAGCAGCAGCCAUGGGGUCAUACGAGCCUGGCAAGCCCGCCUCCGGUGUUGCCAACCUGAACGAGCUCAAGCUCCCCUUUUCCUACGAAGCUUGA